CUUAAGGUACCCAAAACCAAUGUGACAUGUGACACUGUCAAUGAAUUAGUCCCUGAUGGAGCAUGAAUCAUACACCGCUAUGGUUUUGUUUCAUUCUUAGCACUAUCGGAAAAUCAGGAUUGUGUGUUGAAUUGGUGGUAAAAGAAUGUUUGAAUAAAGUGUGUAAAAACGUAAACCUCUCCGACUCUGUAGUUAUCCUACGGCCUGAGCAGAGUCAGGGGAAAACUCUCAUUCACUUCAAGGACUCUAUCACUGACUCAAACUUAAUUGAUUUGUUUUGGGAAAGAAGCACUAAGAAGCUCAGUUUUGGAUUAGUUUCUGAGGCUUCCCAAGCUAUAGGUGGACUGAUAGAGUACGAUUCUAUGCCUUCUAAUGGUGACGAUAGUGAUGACUCUUACGACUGUUCCAUCGCUUUCCAUGAAGACCACCUAAAAGUUUUUAUAGAUGGAUUCCCAUCAGCAGCCUGGAAUCUCAGUGAUUCAACUAUAUCAGAGGGGGACAAGACAAAAAUGUCAGAGAAAAUAAACGUGGAUUUUACCUCAAUAUCAGAUCUCAGUGAAAGGAUUUACAUAUCUGGCAGGUGUUCAGAAGGGUAUCACAUAAACAUAGCAAACGAGAAAUGUUUAAGCUGUUCUACACAAGAAACUAGCUAUGGAACUGGAAUGACAAAAAUCUGCACUGAUUUCGAGAAGAUGAUGGACUUCUGUGGUAGCACAGUCUGCUCUGCCUACCUUUAUUGUCCUAAAUCAGUCACUCUGACUCCUUACGGCUCCUUCACCUGGCCUGUUUCUUUAGUAUCUACAACAGCUCAGGAACUUCCUUGCCAAUAUGAUGACAGUUUCAAAGUACGAAGAGUUUGCUCUGCCAAUAAUACUUGGGAAGAAGUUGACACGACUGACUGUGUUAAAACCUCGCUAACAGCCAGAUUACAGACAAUCUUAGACUCAAGCUCCAGUUCUAAUGUAGAUCAGACCCGUCAGGACUUUGUUGAACUUCAGCAUGCAGAUGAAAGCCAAAACAUUGGGAAGGGGGAUCUACUGUUGAGCUAUGAUAUCCUCAACACAAUAACGAGGAGAGGGGACGGUCACGUGACCUAUGAAACAGCGAUAGCAGUGUUAGACACUCUCACUUUCAUCUCUAAAUCUCACUCUUGUCAUAACGACCCUUCCUGCUUCUGGAUGAUGGAGCUAUUAAGAGAGGUUGUCCCCCGGGUAGAAAACAAGACAGUUCUCAUUUUGUCAGACAACAUCGGACUAUUCCACCUUCAAGACAUGCUGGCGGUGAUCAACAUGCACAAGUUCUGUAGAAACACCUUCCAUGAUAUGAUUACCGGCUGUGAAAACGACCGUCUCAGUUUCUUGAAGAUUAUGAGGAACGAACUGGACAGACUAGUAGACGGUUCGAGAAGGGAUAACGUUUCUUUAUCACUAAUCUUCCUAAACAGCGACACUUUCUUCCCUCAUGAGACUGAAAUACUUCCUGCUCAUGAGUUCAACGAAACCCUGCAGAACUACAAGACUGGCAAACAGCAGCCCCAGGAUGAUGUACAGACAAUAGCGAGCAUGGUUGUGGAUCUUAAUGUGCAGGGGCUCCCCAACAAUACUGACACUAACUUCUUCUUUGAGCUGUACGACAACACGGCGUACAAAAGUAAGGACAGGAUGUUCAAUGCGAUAUGGAACGAGUCCAGGCUGACAUACCAAAUAAAAUAUGUUUGUGCACUGUAUGAGACGAACACUACACGUGAUAGAUAUCUGGAAGAGAAAGGGGAAGUUUGGGAUAAGGACAAGUCAACCAUUAGCGCAGACGGCCUUGUUGACCAGAAAACAAUACUGAAGGACAAAUCACUACUGGGGGUGUGGAACACACAAAUUUGCGAAACUACCUUUGAUAAAUUCUCUGAUGAUCCGAUUAUACGAUGUAAUUGUCGACAAACAUCCGGAGCUUUCACUGUACUUGCGAUGAUAACAAGGAAGGAGUGGCCGGAGCACUACGCUGAGAUACUGAUAUCAGUGACGGGGAUCUGCUUACUCGGCAUUGCUAUGGGAUUACUCAUUAUCUUCAUUCCAGCCAAGUGGAUGGGAAUACCGAAGACAACGAAGAUAAACGUGGCAGUAAUCAUGGUACUACUACUUGUUGCAUUAUACUUUAUGAUCAAGAAGAUGGCUGAAGAGUUUGGAAACUUUCACUUCUAACAAUAACACACUCUCAGUCUAAUAUUAGUAAGUUGUUUUUCUCGGAAACCAUUCUCAGUGGACCAUCUAUACCAUUUUAUUUCAUAAAUUUGAGAAAACAGUGGCGAUGAAAUGCUCGAACGUGAGAGAAAAUGCCAAGUUCACUAUCAUAGUAUCAUGGCAGCAGCAUGGAAAGGAGAACAUGAUGGAUAGCUAUGUCUUAAUGUCUAGGACGGAAGAGUCAGGGUCUAAGAUUUAGAGCAAAUGUAGCAUUUGUAAGUUUUAAUAAUCAAGAAUAUAUUCUUGAACAUGUGAUCAUUGAUUAACAGUUCUGGUCUUUGUCAGUGGAACUGAAAUAAAAAGGUCUGUGAAAUGAGCUCAGCCUAAUAUAAGAAAAUAGGGACAACAGCAAUUCUCCUUGGCCUUGGCAACUGCAUUCUCUCGUCAACUCUACAUAUCACGGGCUGAAGACAUUUUAUAUUAACAUUUAAUUUCGUUCACUUUAUUUAUAAAUUGUGCAGUCAAUUAUGAAAUCAAUUUUUCCAGAAUUUACGAAUACGAUCAUAUUUGUUUCAAUGAUUACAUUUGUUAAAAUGCUUGUCAUUAAUUUCAGUUUCACAAACCG